AUGGCCGAGACACCCCUCCACAGUUCACCCUCCUCCCGCCACCAGCCCAGCGUUGCUGGAGGAGGAGGAGGAGAAACGUUGGCAAGUGUGAUGGCUCCUCUGUGGCCCUUCAUCCUGGUGGCGGCCUCAGAAAUCGUAGCCCUAGAUACACCUUAUCCCAGGAAUUCUGCUCUGUAUCAUCUCACCAAGCAGCUAUUACAGAAAUAUCAUAAGGAAGUGAGACCAGUUCACGACUGGACAGAGGCCACCACUGUUCACCUGGACGUAUCUCUCCGUGCUGUACUGGAUGUGGAUGUACAGAACCAAAAAUUAAAGACAAGUGUAUGGUACCGUGAGGUUUGGGAUGAUGAGUUUUUAUCGUGGAACUCCAGCAUGUUUGAUGAUAUUAGAGAGAUCUCCCUACCUCUAAGUGCCAUCUGGGCCCCUGAUAUCAUCAUUAAUGAAUUUGUGGACAUAGAAAGAUUACCUGAUCUUCCUUAUGUUUAUGUGAACUCAUCUGGAACCAUUAAGAAUGCUAAGUCCAUCCAGGUGGUCUCUGCAUGCAGUUUAGAGACAUACACUUUUCCAUUUGAUAUCCAGAAUUGCAGCCUAACCUUCAAUAGCAUUCUGCACACAGUGGAAGAUGUAGACCUGGCCUUCCUGAGGAGCAGAGAAGACAUUAAGCAUGACAAAAAAGGAUUUUUGAAUGACAGUGAGUGGGAACUUCUUUCUGUGUCCUCAACAUACAACAUCUUGCAGAGCAGCGCUGGAGAUUUUGCACAGAUUCAGUUUCACGUGCUGAUUCGCAGGCGCCCUCUUGUCUAUGUAGUGAGCCUGCUGAUUCCCAGCAUCUUCCUCAUGCUUGUGGACCUGGGGAGCUUCUACAUACCACCCACCUGCCGUGCCAGGGUUGUGUUCAAGACCAGUGUGCUGGUGGGCUACACUGUCUUCAGGGUCAACAUGUCUGACGAGAUUCCACAGAACGCAAUGAGCACUCCUCUGAUCGGGGUCUUCUUCACAGUCUGCAUGGCCUUCUUGGUUCUCAGCUUAUCUAAGUCCAUCUUGUUGGUCAAAUUCCUUCACGAUGAGCAGCGCAGUGGGCAGAAGCGGCCCCUCUUCUGCCUUCGAGGGGACACCGAUGAUGAUGGACUUAGAAUGGAUCCCAGGCCUCAGCUUGUUGGGGCGUCAGAGUCCCCUGUCUGCCGAGAGCACCAGGUCCAGUCAGGGACCCUGAAUGAAGUCUUGUCCCAGCUUCACUCCAUCAACAACUACUUCCAAACCCAGGACCAGGUGGACCAACAGGAGAUUGGGUGGCUGGCCCUUCUGGAACGCUUUGACAGACUGCUCUUUCAAGGCUACCUUGUGGUGUUGGGACUCUACACCAUCACACUGUGCUCCCUCUGGGCACUGUGGAGCCGCUUGUGA